UUCCUGUCUCCACAGUCACCAAAGCAAAAUGCAAGGGGACGUAUAAAAUCACCCAGGGGAAGGAUCUCAUUCUGGGCCGCUGAGAACAACCUGGGACGAUGAGGACUACCUUGGUGGUACUGCUGGCCGCUGCCCUGUGUAUGGGGCAAGCUCACGCUCUCUAUUGCUUCACCUGUGAAUGGGAAUCCAGCAACUGGAAAUGUCUGAACUUGACAAAGUGCGCGGAUGAGGACGCCUUCUGUGUGACGAGCAUAGCCGCUAUAGACGUCGUUGGCUGGAAACUGGGGAAGAAGAUCAACAAGAAAUGCUCCCCUCACUGCCCAGACUCCAACGUGCACGUGGCCAUAGCCUCUUACUCCACAUCUUGCUGCAAGUCUUCCCUCUGCAACCUCUUUGCCAACCCGGCAUUGAAAUCACCUCCGCAGUGAGGCAGGAGGAGAGUUGGGCUCAGAGAUGGCCGGCGUCACGGCCAGAAAAGGGCAGGGGUAACACUCAAGGACCUACUCUGAUUUCCCCAGGAAGAGCUGGAUGUCCUCCAUGCCCCGCGAUUAAGGAGGCAUUGUGUCACUCUGCUCUUGCUUCAGGGCCUCUGAAGACACAGAUCCUCUCUUCUUUUCAUACUUCGUGCGGUCAUCGGGUGCGUCCCCGGGCAGAUGCAAUGUCUUGCCUCUCCCGAAAGCUCCUGCCCCUUGCAGCCCGGCAAAGCAAGAGGACAUCCUCCAGCUGGUGUUAUGCAGAGCGUGGCUCCAUCCUGCACCCUCUCAUGGGAGUCCCUAUGGACUAUUGCAAUAUUAGGGAGGAUGCUCACCAGGGGAUAUUGAAGCUUCAAGGGCCAGUUGGGUCCAGGAAACAUCUCUUCCCAGUGUCAUGCUAGAAAAGAAGCUGCCCUUCAGGAGGAUAAGAAGAUGCUGAGGAUGUCCUC